UCUGAAAACUACCUCUUCAUUGUCACCUCUUCAUUGUUUCAAGUGCAAUGUUGCUUGAGUUUUCGUCCCAAGACAAAUAAUCAUAGCCAAGAAGAUGAGCUGAAUUCUAGUUUCUUUUAUUGUGAUAAGGGGUAGUGACUUUUUUUCAUCCAGGGUAUUUGCUUGAUUGCAAACACAUUAUUCCAGUAACUUCUCUGUUCCAGAUAACUGCAUUUCUUAAUUUCUUAUUUCAUUUCUAGAUGCACUUUCUCCAUUCUGGUUAGCGGAGGGUUUAAACUAGUGCAGUGAGUUGUUUGGUUGUAGAACGCAUGAAUUUUCUUGCAUUUGGUUACCAUUCAGAAGGCAUACAUGCAAAGAAAACAUCAUGACCAGUGCCAGUUCUUGGAGGUACAAGUGUGGACUUUCUAACAAAACCCACAAUCCAAAAAAUCACGCUUGUGAGAACAGUAAGAUAUACACAGCUACUCUCCUCUAUCUAUACACAUAAUGCACUUGGUCUUUUGAUUAGACUUUCUAAAGCAGACUCAGAAAACUUCUCACUGCAUAAGGAUUUGGACCAUGAUGAUUAUGAAGCUGGCUGUUUGAGAUGAACGCUUUAUUAUGUUGUAAUAAAUUCUUAACUACUUGAGAAAACCAGGAAGAGCAAGAACAUGUAAUAUUGAUGAUCUACACUCAAGUUCAAGUCUUGGUUAGUGAAUUUCAGUUCCUGACAGUUCCUGGUGAGGGUAUCCCAUCGCAGAGAAAAUCAGGCCUGAUCCCUAGCCCAGCUCCUGAUCUGUAGAAGGAGUUGGGCUUUCAGAGAGGAACACCAGGCUGUUGUCUGUGGUCUAAGCAACCACAGCAUGCCACAGAGAGACCUUGGGGGGAGGGGAGGGCACAUGUUGCUGUUGACCUCUUCCAGUUUCAUAUGGUUUCAUGCUUCUGUGAAAAUUUUAAUACAUAAGUGAAAAAAUAUUCAAAGCUGCUAUAUGUGGCAGGUGCUACCGUUCCCUGCAUCACACACUAGCAAGAAAUGAGAAGAGAUGCACAACCUAUCAGGAGAGUAGAGAAAAUCAUGCUCCGAUGUAUGUAUUUGAACUUUGAAGCCAUAUCUCUCUGGUUUUACAUCUACAAAAUUUAACCAAUUGUUGAUAACUACAUACAGUGGUGGAUUGACCUCAGCCAGCAGCCAAGCGCCUAUCCUACCUUUCGCUCGCUGCCCUUUUCCAGGUGAUGGAGGAAUAGAAAGAAUGCAAAAAGCCUGAUGGGUUAAGACAAAGACGUAAGGAAACCAAAACUUGCAUGUGAAAGAGAAGCAUAAAGAGGAAUUUAUUCACUACCUUCCACUGGCAGGCAGAUGUCCACUUAUUGAGAAGCAGAGCCUCCAUAUGUGUAGCUGUUACUUUGGAAGACAAACUCCAUAACCAUAAAUGUCUCCCCUUCUUCUCCUUUUCCCCACCUUUUAUUGCUGAGCAUGUUAUUAUAUGGUAUGGGAUAUCCCUUUUUGUCAGUUUGAGCCAACUGUCCCAGCUGUGUCCCCUCCCAAUCUCUUGCUCUGCCCCAGCCCACUGGCUUUUGGAUGAGAGGUUAGGGGGGAAAGAAAGCUUUGAUACUGUACAAGUACUGUUCAGCAACAGCUAGAACAUUAGUGUGUUAUGAACAUAGUUCUAGCCACAAAUGCAAAGCCCAGCACAUACAGGCUUCUCCAAAAAAAAAAAGCUGACUUCAGAACUCCAACCCAGACAGAACAAGGGAAAUGGGAAAAAAAAAUCAGUACUGUUAUCAAACAACUGCUUUACAGCUUUGCUUUUCUUCUAGGGAACAGAACAAAGUGUGCUAUUUUCUCUUGGGAGCAUAACAGAACAAAAGAAGGAGGUAGUCCUUUAUCAUAAAAUAAGGUCUUUGACUGAAAGCAGAAUCUCCCCUCCCCCCCAAAUAAAAAACAACUAGCUUCCACACAGGUGUAGAAGCUAUAAAUCGAGGGCAUUAACAAAUUUAAACGGACCUAUUGACUGGUUUCAUUUCAAAUCAGUCUUCAACACCACUGCAAAAUGUUCAGUGGCUAAGACUUUUACCAUCCCUUCCUGUCUCUGACUUCUCUAUUAUUUCAUCUCAUCAAUAUUUAAAAUAUCUAUGAAGUGAGAGAAAAGAGAGGCCAAAACAUUAUUUUAACUAGAAUCAGGUGUCAAACUGUAGAAAGUUAGUCUGCUUAACCCAGACUCUGUAUUCAGAUGGUAAAUUCCAAGAAUGAUGGGGAAAACCCUCAAAUGGGAAUCUGAUUUGACAGCCUUAUUCUGGUUUAGGUAAUUCUGUGCUUUUCUGUCCUGUGGCAAACCUCAGUGUAAAAUGCAAAAACCCAUCACAUUGAAAACAAGACCACUAAAGUCAUUUUGCACAAAUAUUCAGAGAACUGCAGUAAAACGUUACAAUCUGAAGACAGUAGGUUGGUUUAGGUUGCGGUAGGGCCAGGGGAGGUUCUUGCUGGCAGUAGGAUAGACGAGGAUCUCCACCCUUUUGCUGCAAAUUAUAAAGGCACUAACAUCUAAGGAAGGAGCCAGGGAGGAGUUAAGCGCCAACUCCUUUCCUCUGGAGCACUUGGUGAGGAAUAUUGCAGAGCUGUUAAAUCAGUAGGCAAUGAAUUGUUUCUUAGGAAGAAAGCAUAUCUCUUUCUUCUGUCUCCCAGUGAGAAAAAUGGGCAUGAAGUUCCUUCUGGGUGUUCUUCUCCUGCAUGUGACAGCUGCAAAGGAACCUGAGCUGCAGUACAUCCUGAUGGUGCCUGCUGUUCUCCAAACCGACUCCCCAGGUCAGAUUUGCCUGCAGUUCCUUAACCUCAAUGAGACAAUAUCUGUCAGAGUAAUCCUAGAAUAUGGUGCUGUUAACACAACUAUUUUUGAGAAAACCAUGAUGGAAAGCAAUGAUCUACAGUGCUUCAGCUUCAAAAUUCCUCCUGUCCAUUCUGCCCCACUGGCUUUCAUUGCCUUCUCUGCCAAGGGCACCACAGUCAGCCUAGAAGAGCGGCGUUCAGUGAUGGUCUGGACCACAGAGAGCAUUGUCUUUGUGCAGACAGACAAAUCCAUUUACAAACCAGGACAGAGUGUGAUGUUUCGUGUCGUUGCCCUGGAUUUCAAUUUUAAACCUGUUCAGGAGAUCUACCCCUUGAUUACAAUUCAGGAUCCACGGGGCAACAGGAUCUUUCAGUGGCAAAACGUGACAUCAGAGAUGAACAUUAUUCAGAUUGAAUUCCUACUAACUGAAGAGCCUAUCCUGGGGAACUACAAAAUUAUUGUAGCAAAGAAGUCGGGACAUAAAAAAACCCACUCAUUCCUCGUGGAGGAAUAUGUGUUGCCAAAAUUUGAUGUCACAGUCACUGCACCAGAAAGCCUUACAGUCCUGGAUUCAGAGUUCACAGUGAAAAUUUGUGGAGUGUAUACCUAUGGUCAACCUGUUGAAGGGCAAGUCCAGAUCAGUGUGUGCAGAGAUUUUGAUUCAUAUGGGUCGUGCAAGAAAAGCCCAGUUUGUCAAUCCUUUACCAAAGAUCUGGAGACAGAGGGCUGCCUUUCCCAGGUUUUCAGCACUAACAUCUUUGAGCUAAAUCGCAUUGGUUACAUGAGGUAUCUGGAAGUGAAAGCCAUUGUCACAGAGAAAGGAACAGGUCUGCAAUUUACAGCUACUCAGUCUAUUUCCAUAACUCGGGUUAUGAGCAGUAUGCAGUUUGAGAAGAUGGAUCGCCACUACAAAAGAGGCAUUCCUUACUUUGGACAGAUCAAGCUGGUAGACAAAGACAACUCUCCUAUUUCCAAUGAGGUUAUUCAGUUAUUUGUCAAUAACAAGAACACAGACAACUUCACCACUGAUGCUAACGGUGUUGCAGAAUUUAGCAUUGACACAUCCAAAAUGUUUGAUCAUGAGAUCAACCUGAAAGCAGCUUAUAAAGUUAGUGACCAAUGCCACACUGAUGGUUGGAUAGAACCUUCCUACCCCGAUGCAUCUUUCUCCAUCCAGCGCUUCUACUCCUGGACUAGCAGUUUUGUGAGGAUUGAGCCUUUGUGGGAAGAUCUGAGCUGUGGGCAGAAGAAGAUGAUCACUGUGCACUACAUCUUGAACACAGAAGGAUACAAGAGCAUCAACAGCAUGAACUUCUACUAUGUGGCCAUGGCAAAAGGCAAGAUUGUCAUCACAGGGAAAAUUAAAGUAAAUAUCCAAGUUGAACAAAAUGGCACUUUCACUGUCCCCCUUGUGGUCACUGAGGAAAUGUCUCCAGCCCUUCGUUUGCUGGUAUAUACCUUACAUCCUGCCAAGGAGCUGGUGGCAGACAGUGUUCGAUUUCCAGUUGAGAAGUGUUUCAAAAACAAGGUCCAGUUGCAAUUCUCUGAAAAGCGGAUGCGCUCAGCUUCCAAUGUCAGUUUAGUCAUUGAAGCUGCUGCCAGCUCCUUCUGUGCUGUGAGGGCAGUGGAUCAGAGUGUGCUGCUCUUGAAGUCUGAGACAGAGCUAUCUGCAGAAACGAUAUACAACCUGCAUCCUCUGCAAGACCUUCAGGGCUACAUCUUCAAUGGGCUCAAUCUAGAUGAUGACCCACAAGACCCUUGUGUCUCAUCUGAAAACAUCUUUCACAAAGGCUUGUAUUACACACCUGUAAUGUCUGGAUUAGGACCAGAUGUAUAUCAGUCCCUCAGGGAUAUGGGCAUGAAGUUUUUUACUAACUCAAAGAUUCGGCAACCAGUUGUGUGUACUACUGAGACUGUAAGGCCCUUGCCAUAUUUCUUGAAUUCAGGAUUCAUGGCUUCCACACACCAUGUCAAAUCAUCAUCCACUGAAGUUGCUAGAGAGGAACGUGGGAAGAGACUCACCCUUGAGACAAUUCGGGAAUUCUUCCCUGAAACUUGGAUUUGGGAUAUGAUCCUAAUUAACUCUACUGGAAAAGCCAGCAUCUCAUACACCAUCCCUGACACCAUCACCGAAUGGAAGGCCAGUGCCUUCUGUGUGGAAGAGUUGACUGGAUUUGGUAUGUCUGCACCUGCCACACUGAAAGCCUUCCAGCCAUUUUUUGUGGACUUGACCUUGCCAUACUCUACCAACCAAGGAGAAUAUUUUCUACUUAGAGCCAACGUCUUCAGCUACCUUGACCACUGCAUUAAGAUUAAUGUUUCGCUAUCAGGUUCCAUUCAUUAUCAGGCCAAACUCAUCUCCCCAGAGGAUGAUGGGUGUGUAUGUGCCAAACAAAGAAAGACUUAUGUCUGGAAUGUUUUCCCCAAAGCAAUUGGUAAUGUAGUAUUCAGCAUUACUGCAGAGACCAAGGAUGAUGGAGCUUGUGGAGACAAAGCACUGAGGAACAUCAGUAUUGACUACAGGGACACCCAGAUAAGAACGCUAUUGGUUGAGCCUGAAGGCAUCAGAAGGGAAAAGACCCAAAACGCCCUAAUCUGUAAAAAAGAUAACAUGGUCACUCAAGAUAUUGCUCUAGAACCACCUACAAAUGUGGUAGAAGGAUCAGCCAGAGUGUCCUUUUCUGUUGUUGGUGACAUCAUGGGCACUGCCAUGCAGAAUGUACACCAGCUCCUCCAGAUGCCUUUCGGCUGUGGUGAGCAGAACAUGGUCCUUUUUGCACCCAACAUCUAUGUCCUGGACUAUCUGAACAAGACAGGGCAGCUGAGUGAGGAAGUCAAAUCCAAGGCCAUCGGAUACUUAGUGAGCGGCUACCAGAAACAGCUGGCAUACAAACAUCCUGAUGGGUCCUACAGCGUAUUUGGCACCAGAGAUAAAGAAGGGAACACUUGGCUAACUGCCUUUGUGUACAAAUCAUUUGCACAAGCUAGUCAUCUCAUCUAUGUUGAUGACAAUGUCCAGGCUCAAACUCUGAUGUGGCUGGCAAGGAAACAGAAGCCAGAUGGCUGUUUCCGAAGUGUUGGGACACUCUUCAACAAUGCCUUGAAGGGAGGAGUAGAUAAUGAGCUGUCACUUUCUGCCUACAUCACUGUUGCCAUGCUAGAAGCCAGGCACUCCAUCUUGUACCCUGUAGUCCGAAAUGCCUUUUUUUGCCUGGAGACUGCAUCUGAGAAGAAUAUCAGAGACAUUUACACUCAGGCACUCAUGGCCUAUGCUUUCUGCUUAGCUGGCAAGGCAGAAAAAUGUGAAUCAUUCCUUAGAGAGUUACAGAAAUCAGCAAAGGAAGUUGAUGGUUCACAGUACUGGGAUCAGAAGGAGAGAUCUCAGUCAGAAAAAUCUCCUUCCUUCCUUGACCAUGCCCCAUCAGCUGAAGUUGAGAUCACCAGUUACGUGCUGUUGGCGUUGCUCUACAAACCCAACAGGAAUCAAGAGGACCUUUCAAAGGCCUCAGGGAUUGUGCAGUGGAUCAUCAGGCAGCAGAAUCCUUAUGGAGGUUUCUCUUCCACCCAGGACACAGUCAUUGCUCUUCAAGCCCUUGCUGCUUAUGGUGAGGCCACCUACAAUUCUGUUACACAAAACAUAGUCAAGAUCAUGUCCAAAAAGACUUUUGAGAAGGUAUUUGUUGUCAACAAUGAGAACAGGCUCCUGCUGCAACAGAUUCACCUUCCCAAAGUCCCUGGGAAAUACAGCCUAACAGUGAAUGGCAGUGGAUGUGUAUUUGUGCAAACAGCACUGAGAUACAACAUUCACCUUCCAGAGGGGGCCUCUGGAUUUUCACUGUCAGUACAGACAUCAAAUGCUUCCUGCCCACUGGAUCGACCAGCAAAAUUUGAUGUUGUCCUCACAAGCAGUUACACAGGAAAGCGCAGGAGCUCCAAUAUGGUCAUUAUUGAUGUGAAGAUGCUCUCUGGCUUUGUUCCUGUUAAGUCUUCCCUGGACAAGCUCAUUGAUGGUCAUACAGUGAUGCAAGUAGAAAACAAGAAAAACCACGUUCUCCUUUAUCUUGAAAAUAUCUCACAGAAGAAAAGCAAAAAAAUCACUUUCUCAGUUGAGCAGGACUUUGUAGUGACCCAUCCCAAGCCAGCUCCUGUGCAGAUCUAUGAUUACUAUGAAACAGAAGAGUAUGCUGUUGCUCAGUAUACAUCACCUUGCAAAGAGACUGUUGCAGAAAUGGACUAAUGAUUGGGAAAGAUGUUGGUUUGUUCUCAUGGAAGCUAUUUUCUUCAGGAUUUUCCCCUGUAGGACCAUCACAAACAUUGGACAAGGGGUCAAGCACCCUAUUUUCUUCUGUCAUUGAGUCCCAGAAAAGAUCUUUUCACCUUACUAAUCACAGUGGGAGCCUGUGAUGUCAUUUGAGCUAGUGUCUGAUUCUCUGUUUUCUUUCAUGACACAUCUCUUCAGACAUGUAUCAUAAUGAUGUAUACCUUUCCAUCAAUAAACCUCUCUUUUACAGUGUGCAUUGGUUUGUUUUCAGUUGUUAGAGAACAGAUAUUUCAAUGACAGUCCGCAUGUCAUGGUUGCUGGCCGGGGAAGAAUGAACAAACAUAUCUGUUCUGCCCCCUCUCCCAGCUAUGGCUGAUAAACUCUGGCAAUUACUGUAAUACACAAUAUGUUCAGUCACUCCCAGCCUCCCAUCAUGAAAGUGUAGGACUCAUUGAUCAUGCCUGCUGAACAGCCCCUCACCCAGCCCCAAAGAGCUGCUGCUGUGCCUGUGGCACAGAAACAGGGGUUUAUGUACAGACAUCAUGCAGUGACUCUGCAUUAUGCUUAUUAGAGGAGAGGGCGAAGAAAGGAGCAGAAUUUUGUCCAGCCCUGGUGACUGCCUGGUACCACACCUUGGAUCUCCAUCUGUCAGGCCCUCCAGUCAACCAGACUGACCAGUUUUUUUCCAAAAAGAGGUGGCAAGCUUGGAUCACGUUGACCUGUCCCAGCCACAAGCAGCCUCACCGUUUUCCUACAAGUUAGUCA